AUGCCCCCCUUCGCAGAGCUCAUGCGCAUGGCGGAGGUCCAGACGAAGGAAUCACAGAGCGCCGUUCAAGCUGCGCUGGAGGAACGCAAACGCAAGGAGGACCUGAAGAAGCGGCAGCAGGAGGAGCGAGAGCGGAAGGAGCGCGAGCUGGAGAUCAAGCUACGCCAGAAGCACUUUGAGGACGAGAAGCGGGAGCAGGAGCGGCAGAAGCGCAAGGAGCAGGAGAAACAGGCCAUCGAGCAGGCACGGCAGCGACGAGAGGAGGAGCAGCGGAACCACCUGCUGGGGAAGAAGCCUGCAUCGAAGUGGCCUUCGUCGUCGUCCCAUACACAGGCGCGCGAGGACGUGCGCAAGACGAGGGUGCCACUCGAGGACGAGGACGAAGGACCGUCGUUCUUGACGAGGGAAGAGAAGCGUCAGCGCAAACAAGACGCAGAGUGGAAGCGGCAAUUCGCCCCGCAGCGACGGACGCCGGCAGCUGGUGGGUACGGCAAGACUGGUCGACGACUGCCGGGUGGUGCUGUCGAUGUCACAGCAUCCGUCUCGUCGUCGGAUGCCCUACAGCAAUCGCCGGGUAAGACCGUGCGCGAGCGUCUGACUGCGAUGCCGAACACGUUGACUCGACUGAAUGUGAACAAACGAGAUACUCGAACUAUCGAUGAAAUUCUGCAAGACAGGGCGAAGGCUAAGGAAGCCAAAGUACUGGACGGCGAGAGCGCUAAAGGGUUCAAUGACUGGUUCUCGAGUGGCAAGAAGAAGGAUGUGCCGAGGUCAGCGCCUGGCUCUGGAACGAACACGCCCACUGCUCAAGGGACUGCAGCCGUUGCCCGAACGCAAGUACCAUCGAAACCACUGCCCUCCACCACACCAAGGUCCACCGCACGACCUUCAAACUCCACCUCGCGCGCGUCAAGUUUAGACAAAGCGUCGUCGUCCAGGUCUGCUCCCUCGAAAUCGGGCUCUGGGUUAGGGCCCGUAAGGUCGUCUAAAUCAUCUGCCGUUUCGCACCACUCCAAUGGCAAUUCCUCGGGAUCUCGACCCAUCCCCACGAAGAAACGCCCGCGCUCACUCAGUAUGUCCGAGUCUCCCCCGCCGCCCAAGAAACGCGCCACGCCACCUGGCGGGGGCGCAGGCGGGUUCCGGGAUGAAAUUUGGGCAUUAUUCGGGAAAUCUAGACAGGAGUACGUCGACAAAACCGUUGACAGCGACGACGAUAUGGAAGCCGGCGCGAGCGAUCUCGAGAAGGAGGAGAAGUAUAGUACGCGGGUGGCGAAGAAGGAGGAUUUGAUCGCGCUGCAGAUGGAGAAGCGGGAGCAGGAGGAGAAGGAGCGCCGCCGCCGUCAGAAGGAGGCCCUCAUGCGAGAAAAGCGGCGCUGA